AUAAAAAACCCACUCUUUCAACAUUGCUUGCUACACAAACAAACUCAUAAUCAAAGCCACUACUCAAAAAAGUCUUGGAAAACCAACCUCAAUUGAGAAUAUUAUGGCAUUCAGGUCACUAAUCUCGGUGUCCACAUCCCUCCCUUUAAUAAUUCUGAUGCUCAUAGCUGGUUCAGAUGCCGGAAAAAUCGUCAUUUAUUGGGGUCAGAAUGGCAAUGAGGGCACAUUAGCAGAGACCUGUGCCACAGGAAACUAUGACUUUGUGAACAUAGCUUUCCUACCAACUUUUGGCGAUGGUCGGACCCCAAUGUUGGAUCUAUCAGGCCAUUGUGAUGCAUAUAGUAAUGGAUGCACCGGCUUAAGCUCCGACAUUAAAUCUUGUCAAGCCAAAGGCAUAAAAGUGAUACUCUCAAUAGGAGGAGGAGCUGGGAGCUACUCUCUGUCUUCCUCCGCUGAUGCAAAGCAAGUUGCCACUUACCUUUGGAACAACUUCUUGGGGGGACAAUCAUCUUCUAGGCCACUCGGACCAGCUGUUCUAGAUGGGAUCGAUUUUGACAUCGAAGGAGGGACAAACCAGUACUGGGGUGAUCUUGCUAGGUACCUUUCAGGAUACAGCAAAAAGGGCAAGAAAGUGUACUUGACCGCAGCUCCACAAUGCCCUUUCCCUGAUGCUUGGAUCGGAAAUGCACUCAAAACUGGCCUAUUCGAUUACGUUUGGGUUCAGUUCUACAACAACCCACCUUGCCAAUACGUUUCAGGGGAUGUUACUAAUCUUGAAAAUGCAUGGAAACAGUGGGUUUCUGAUAUCCCUGCCACUAUGAUUUUCCUUGGCCUCCCUGCUUCGACUCAAGCAGCUGGGAGUGGUUUCAUUGCAGCAGGAGAUCUUAUAUCCAAGGUGCUUCCUGCCAUUAAAGGUUCUCACAAGUAUGGAGGGGUUAUGUUGUGGUCUAAGUACUAUGAUGAUCAGACAGGAUAUAGUUCUUCCAUCAAGAGCCAUGUCUGAAAAUCUAUAUAUAUUUUGUUCUUGCUGCAGUGUACUACAUAGCUAGCUAGAUAAUAUAGUGCACAUUUUGUCUAUGUUAAUUCCUGUGUGUGUCUUUAUUUCCCUUCAUUUGUACACUCUGUAUGCUAAUAUUAU